CAGCUGUUCUGAUGUUGUUUCCCCCACUAUUCACAAUAAUGGAGAUUUAUGUACCACGGAAAGAAUGCAUUACCAUUUUAUUUAAUUGUGUUAUACUGAUCGGAGUAUAUAAUUACUCCAAGUGACAAUAGGGGCAGAGGCAAGGCGAUGAAGGGGACGAUGGUGAACAACACUGUGAGUGAUAAUCAAUUCUCAUUCCUUGCCAUUCUCAAGUUUGCAGUUUGUAUUAUGCUAUUCGGACUUGCCUCCCGUUUUCUUCUCUCCAGUGAUCAUCAGUUUGUGCAAUUAUCCCCCUUCCUGAUCGCCACUGACCAGAAGACGUCGCCGCCGUCCGUUUCAAAUCAGCUCCGGGCGAAUCUCGAGCACCGGAGUUCUAGAACUGUAAAGUGUGAUUUGUUUAGGGGAGAUUGGAUUGCAGAUGCUAAGGGUCCAUUUUACACUAACCAGACUUGCUCUUCAAUACAAACCCACCAGAACUGUAUGAAGAAUGGUCGCCCUGAUAUGGAUUAUAUACACUGGAGGUGGAGACCCAGAGACUGUGAACUCCCCAGGUUUGAUCCGGGGAAGUUCCUCAAUCUAAUGAGGAGUAGAUCAAUGGCUUUUAUUGGGGAUUCGAUUAUGCGGAACCAUGUUCAGUCUCUGCUUUGCAUUCUCUCGCAGGACGUAAAAGUUGACGAGGUCUACCACGAUGAACCAUACAAAAGUAGAAGAUGGUAUUUCCCCGCAAACAAUUUUACCCUUUCAGUGGUGUGGUCUCCUUACCUUACAAAAGCCGUCAUAUUUGAAGACAACGACGGGGUUUCGACAGAUAUAGUCCGUCUCCACCUCGACAAACCUGAUGAAAUAUGGACAGACCAAUUCAAGAGUUUCGAUUACGUUAUUCUUGCCGGCGGGAAAUGGUUUCUCAAACCGGCAAUUUACUACGAGAAAGAUGAGAUUGUGGGCUGCCAUAGCUGUAAUGAGAAGAACAUUACAGAGUUAGGGUUUGACCAUGUGUAUCGCAAAGCGUUGACGUCAACCCUAGAGUACAUUUUGAGGUCAAAGCAUGAAAAUGUCAAUGUGUUGUUCAGAACCACAACACCGGAUCACUUCGAGAACGGGGAGUGGAAUACUGGCGGUUAUUGUAACAGGACAUUGCCGUUUAAGGAAGGCGAGGCUGAGAUGAAUGGUAUGGAUGAGCUAAUGCACCAAAUAGAAGUGAAAGAAUUUGAGAGAGCAUUGACCAUAUUAGGAUCCAAUGAGAAGGGGUUAACUUUGAAACUUUUUGACACCACUUAUCUUUCAUUGUUGAGGCCGGACGGGCACCCUGGAAUCUACAGGCAUAUGCAGCCUUCUUUAGCGGUUCAGAAUGAUUGUCUGCAUUGGUGCUUGCCCGGGCCUAUUGAUUCUUGGAAUGAUUUGAUGAUGGAAAUGAUUUUUCCAUUCUUAGGAAGAUAAAGAUUUUAUACCCUUCUGCUAUUUUAAGGGCUCAUUGUGGCCAUGUGCAUAUUAUUGGCAUCUGUAAUGUGCAUAGAAGAAGCAUCUCUAAAGUAACCAUGACAUGGUACACACGUGACACGAUCGAGAUAUACAUAUAAGAAUCGAUCAUCGAAGUUUCUUUCUUUUCACCGUCUUCAAGCUCUCAAUUGUACAUGAGGCUGCGGAAAGGAUGAUCAGUUAUACACUUGGUGACAAGAUGCCUUUUUUCCCAUAGGUUCAUUUGAGAUGGCUUUGCAGCACAUAUAUAUGCAUUAUUACCACUGCAGAGCAGAGGUAAAGAAAUGAGCAAAGAAAGCUGUGGAUGGUUGUUAUUAGUAAGCAUGUCCUCCUGUCUGAAUAAAUCAUAAAACUUAUUCCCUUUGGUUCUUAAGCAGCUAACUAACAAUAAACUUAACACUUGAAAUUAAAUUACUUUAUUAGACACAGUAAUACAUGUAAUUUCUUAAAUUCUUCGUUGUAUUCUAUGCUCUGUAUAUAUACUUUCUGUUUAUACAAAGUACUAAUCCAUUCCACAG